AUGUCGUUUCUUCUCAACUUCAAGCAAGACCUUAUUGAUCCUUCAAAUCGGCUCUCCUCUUGGACUGUUGAUGGGGAUUGUUGUCACUGGCUUGGUGUUGUCUGCCACAACCUCACUGCUCACGUACAUCAACUCCAUCUCAGAAGCUUCCCUCCUGUUUGGGAUGAUUCAAUGAGUCAGGAACAAAAUGAUGCUGAAUAUGAAGCUUAUUGGCGGUCAAGGUUUGGUGGUAAGCUAAAUCCUUCUCUCCUUGAUUUGAAGCAUUUGAAUUACUUUGACCUCAGCUUCAAUAAUUUCUUUGCUUCUCCUAUUCUCGAAUGUCUCAGUUCAAUGAAGAGUUUAACAUCUCUUAAUCUCUUUAAUGCGGGAUUUGUGGGACUCAUACCUCAUCAACUUGGAAAUCUCUCCAAUUUGCUCUAUCUUAAUCUUGAAGGCUAUGGAUCUAAUGAUUUAUAUGUGAAUAACCUUCAAUGGCUUUCUGGUCUUCCUUUGCUACAACAUCUCGAUAUGAGUUAUGUUAAUCUUAGCAAAGCCUCUGAUUGGGUACAAGUCACAAAUACACUCCCUUCCUUGUUUGACUUGCGCUUAUCAUCUUCCCAACUUCCUUUCAUUCCAUCGACACUCACUGUUAACUUUUCAUCUCUCCUCACCCUCGAUCUUUCAGAUAACUAUUUUGAAAAAUCUUUGAUCCCAUCAUGGAUCUUUGGUCUUCGUAAUCUUGUUUCUCUUGAUCUAUCUUACAAUUACUUUCAAGGUCCAAUCCCUGUUGAUCUCCACAACAUGACUUCUCUUAGGGACCUUGAUCUAGCUGGAAACAAUUUUAACUCUUCAAUUCCUAAUUGGUUGUAUAGUUUUAGUCGUCUUGAGUCUCUCAACCUUCGCUUCAAUAAUUUGCAGGGUACAAUCUCUAGUGCCAUUGGAAACCUAACAUCUGUCAUUAAGAUUGACUUGUUAGGAAAUGAACUUGGAGGAAAGUUGCCAAGAUCGUUGGGUGAUCUCUGUAACUUACAGUAUAUUGAAUUGUCAUCCAACAAAUGGAGUCAAGAGAUAUCUGAAAUCUUAGAAAGUUUAUCAGGGUGUCUUUCAGAUAGACUAGAGUUCUUAAGCUUAGGUGAUUCUCAACUUCAUGGUCAUUUGCCGAAUGAACUUGGUCUAUUCAAAAAUCUAGUCGAACUUUAUUUUUCAAAUAAUUCAAUUUCAGGUCCACUUCCGGUUUCUUUUGGACAGCUUUCCAAACUUGAGAUUGUAUAUAUUGGUUCUAAUAUGUUGAAAGGUGUCGUGUCUGAAGUUCAUUUUUCCAAUUUAACCAGUUUGAGGACACUUUUUGCAUCUAGAAACCAACUAACUUUAAAAGCAAGUCAAAAUUGGAUUCCUCCUUUUCAGCUUGAGUAUUUAUCCUUGCAAUCAUGGAAUUUAGGGCCAAAAUUUCCCCCAUGGCUUUGUUUACAAAGGCAUCUGCAGGCGUUAGACAUUUCUGAUACAAGGAUUUCAGAUGUGGUUCCUCCUUCAUUUUGGAACUUGUCUUCUCAGUUCGAAAAAUUAAAUCUCUCCCACAAUCUAAUCCAUGGAGAAAUUCCCGUGAUUUUGUCUGCUUCAGUGAUUGAUUUAAGUUCAAACCAUUUCAAAGGUCCGUUACCUUGUAUAUCCUCUAAUGUGUAUGGGCUAGAUCUUUCUAACAAUUCAUUCUCUGGAUCUAUUUCUCACUUUUUUUGUUUCAGAGUGAAUGAGCAUAAAACCAUAGUACAUCUCAAUCUUGGAAAAAAUCUUUUAUCAGGAAUAAUACCUGAUUGUUUGAUGAAUUGGAACGACUUGGUGGUCUUGAAUUUGGGGAACAACAGUUUCAGUGGCAGUAUUCCAGCAUCAAUGGGAUCUUUGACUCAUCUUAAAUCUUUGCACCUAAACAAAAACAAAUUUUCUGGAAAGUUACCAUCAUCUUUGAAAAAUUGUGAAAAUUUGGUAACUAUUGAUGUUGUUGAAAAUAGGCUUGUUGGAAACAUACCUUCUUGGAUUGGGCAUGGAUGUUCAAGCUUGAUGAUUCUUAACCUUCGCUCAAACUAUUUCCAUGGUCACAUACCAAAAGAACUCUGUGCUCUAGCUUCACUCCAAAUAUUGGACCUUUCACAUAAUAAGCUAUCUGGAAGCAUACCUAGAUGUGUUAAAAAUUUUAGUGCCAUGGCCACAAAUAAUAUUUCAAAUGACCACUUGAAUUCUAAUCGUUCUUUUACUCAUUAUUUGUAUCUUGAAACUCUCCCACUUGAAAGUGCAUUGCUUGUGAUAAAGGGAAACAUUUUUGAGUAUGGAACCAUUCUCCCAUUGGUAAAAAGUAUAGACUUUUCCAAGAAUGGUUUAUCAGGAAAGAUCCCCAUUGAAGUUACUAGUCUCCAAGGAUUACACUUUUUGAAUUUGUCAUAUAAUCUCUUGAUCGGAAGUAUUCCUGAGAAUAUAGGUGCUAUGGGAUCAUUGGAAUCAAUUGAUUUCUCCAUGAACCAACUUUCUGGUCAAAUUCCUUCAAGCAUGUCAAGUUUGACAUUUUUAAGUCAUUUGAACUUAUCAAAUAAUAAUUUGACUAGGAAAAUCCCUUUAAGCACUCAACUACAAAGCUUCAAUGCAUUAGGUUUUAUUGGAAACAAACUUUGUGGCCUACCACUUUCUAAUAAUUGUACUAUAAAUGAUGUAAACCUUGACAAAGAAAACAAAGGGAGUAAACAUAAUGGCGGACUUGAAGUAGAUUGGUUCUUUGUAAGCAUGGCACUCGGCUUUGUGGUUGGGUUUUGGGGUGUAUGUGGCCCUUUACUAUUGAACAAGCAAUGGAAAAUUAUGUAUUUUCAAUUCCUGGAUCACACGGGGUACAAGCUUAAGAGUCUUGUUUUGUUGUAAGUAAAUGUUGUAAGUUUCUUAAUAUUUAGUGCAAAUGUCAUGUUUAUCAAUAUUUUAAUGAUUUCUACUUAUAAAAAAUAUUUGAUGAUUUCUAGAUCA